CAGCCCGCCUUAACUCAUAUCCUACUAUUCAAAUGACACGCUACACUAAGUUAGGUCGAAAGCAGCACGUAGAUAGUGGAAGCUGGGAGUCUGCCCCCUUGACUCCGGCAAAGGUUAAACACCCAAGAUCCCGCGACGAUGGAGAGCAAGAAGGUAGCGGGUCGGGACAGAACAGUGGAAACAAGAAGAGAAGCUUCUCCAAGCUGGAUGGCCAAGGAGAACAGAGGAUGUCUGCUAAUGAGAAGAGACAGAAGCGUAGAGCCGUGCAAAAAACCACCAAUACGAUAUGUUUUGCUUGCCGACAGAGGGGUCACAACAGCAGAGAUUGUCCCAAUUCAAAAGAGCAAAGCACCGGAAUCUGCUACAACUGUGGAUCAACCGAGCACUCAUUGAAGGCUUGCAAAAAGCCUAGGAAUGGGACCAAGUUACCUUUUGCUAAAUGCUACGUCUGUGAAGGGACAGGACAUUUGGCUGGCCAGUGCCCUAAAAAUGAGAAGGGAAUGUACCCUAACGGUGGCAAUUGCCGUUUCUGCGGUAAAGUCGACCAUUUGGCCAAAGACUGUAAAAUGACAAAGGAGGAGGCUGGCACUUCCGUUGUUGGAAAGAUUGACUUGUCCAAGGGUGCGGAUGAUGACGACUUCCACAUCUUUGUUGAAGAGAAACAGAAACUUGGUGAAGAAGCCAAGGUUGAAAAGGAACUUGAAACAUUUGUAGAGAAGCGAAAGCCUCAAGCAAAGAAGAAGGUUGUCAAGUUUUAACUAGACUCUCUACAGUUAUCAUUUUUUGUAACAUAAUAUACUCAAAAUUGUGCAUUAUCAGGAUCCCAUUUAAAAUCAAAAUUUUACAGUAGUUAUAUCAGCUGCUUUGAACCGAACAGGCUUAUAUUGCAGACU